AUGUGACCCCGUACUUACCCCUUUCCUUGCCGUGCUGUCAUCUGCAGAACGUGUUGCGAUGAACAGUGUUGAGGAAGACCAGAGGAGGAGGCGAGAGGAGGAGGAGGAGGAGGAGGACGAGUCAAUCUCCCUGUCGGUCUCUGUGUCGGAAGACUCAGAGGAGGUUCCCCAGCUGUCAGCAGCAACACUCGGAGCGCUGCUGGAAUUUUAUGGGGAGGAAGAGGAGAGGCAGGACAGACUGAGGGAUGUGCAGGAGGGAGAGAUUCCUGACACCUUUACCGAGAACUGGAACCUUAGUCAGUUCUGGUAUUCCGACACCACCUCCCAGCGCCUGGCUUCCGAAUGCCUACGAGUGGCGGGUGACAAGGGUGCCAUCGCCUGCCUCUCCUGCCCCACACUCUACCGCACCCUACGCGCUCAGGAACACCAGUGUCAGGUCAGCCUGCUUGAAUACGACACAAGAUUCGCAUGUUUUGGAAGCGACUUCUAUUUCUACGAUUACCGCUCACCCCUGGCACUUGACAACACCCUGCGUGGCGCCUUUGACCUGGUGGUGGCUGACCCCCCUCACCUCUCCACUGACUGCCUCACCAAGACCUCCCUCACGGUGCGCUAUCUUGGGAAGCCGGAAGCAAAGAUUAUCCUAUUAACCGGGGAAGUGAUGGAGGACUUGGCUGAUCGCUUGCUUGGGGCGCGAAGGAGGUCCUGGGCGCCUGAAAUUGAUCACUCUAAUAAUCUCGCAAAUCCAUUUGUGUUCUAUGCGAAUUACAGUUCCGAGGGUUGCAUUAGUGACGGUGAUGGUGGUGACAGUGACGGUGAUGAUAACAGGGAAGUGGAGAAGAAGGAGAAGGAGGAGGAGGAGGAGGAAAGGGACCGAGACAAUUGUAAUAAGGACGAGGAAAGGAGGGACAGUGUUGAAACCUGAUUAAAUGUUUAAGUGCAAUUAAUGUAUUGUCGUUAUUAUUAUUAUUAUUAUUAUUAUUGUUAUUAUUAUUAUUAUUAUUAUUAUUAUUAUUAUUAUUAUUAUUAUUAUUAUUAUUAUUAUUAUUAUAUUAUCAUAUUGUGUAUCCUAUCGUAAGGAAUACAUGGUUGUUAUGUAGAAUAUUAGUUGUUAUUGUAUUUUGUUAUUAUUAUUAUUAUUAUUAUUAUUAUUAUUAUUAUUAUUAUUAUUAUUAUUAUUAUUUAUUAUUAUUAUUAUUAGUUAUACCUCAAAAGGCUGUGUAUUGUAACUAGGUUAAAGUAAGGAUAUCUAUGCAUUUAUUAUUAUGGUAUUCAUAGUAGUAGUAGUAAUACUAGUAGUAGUAGUAGCAGUAGUAGUAGUAGUAGUAGUAGUAGUAUAGCAGAGGAAGAAGGAAAAAUAUUGAUACAAAAAACAAGAUAAAAGAUAAUUAUGGUUCUAGUAAAAAAGAAAGAAAGAAAUUAAGAAUGUGAUAUUGGGAACAGGGUAGUAGUAGUAGUAGUAGUAGUAGUAGGUGAUGGCACGAUCCUUUAAGUCUACAAACUAUUCCAUUUAAUGUAUUUUUUGUUUACUUUGUAUAUAAGUUAUUAUUUUUAGGCUAUUUUCAAGUUACAUUUCAUAUUAUUGUCAUUUAAGUGCAUCCCAUUUUAAUACUCCAACGUUUUCUGUCAUCACUCAUUUAUUUGUAAGCAUAUUUUCUAUCUAAUUAUUAUUUUAAACCAUUAGGCAUCUAUUUGACAUAUUCUUUCAUUUGUCAUUAUUAUUUCUUGUGUAUAUUUUUUUCUCAUCAGUCAUUAUUUUUAUGUAUAUUUUGUACCUAUUUAUUAGUAUUUAUAAACCAUUAAGUAUUUAUAAUUUGUUUUUCUUAUAUUUUUCUUUCAUGAAUUUUCUUAGUUGUAUUUUUAUUUUGUUUGCUAAUUACAACCAUUCAUCAUUAAGUGUACUUAUUAUUUGUAAGUUACCAUGUCACUGGACAAUAAGCUUUAUGGCAAGAUACCACAAGAGCUACCAACACUGGCUUAACAUUUUACUGCUCUCAUUAAUCAGAAAUGUGUUUGUUUUUUUCAUCAGUUUGAUUUGCAAUGCUGACUGCUAUGAAUGACAAUAAGCAUUACAUCAAAGCUUAUUUACAAAGUGCAAUAUGUUCUGUUUGUUUCGUCUUGCACCUAAAUAUUCUACACAUUCUCUUGUUUAUUUCUUCAUUCAUUUUCCAUCAGUGUUUUGACUUCAAUUAUUGUCAGUUCGUCACAUCUAUACAUUCAAAUGUUUAUUCACCUGUGUCUUGAGAAAACUUAACGUGAAUUUUCUCAUCAGUUACGUAAGGUGUCUUGUCUUAAUCUAUCGUACGUUUAUCACAUGCAUACAUUUUCUGUGACGAGCAUUUUCGUUUAUCACACUUGUUCGUACAUUUAUACCAGACAUUAUUUUUUCCACCUGUGUCUUGAAAUAACUUGACAAUUUUCCUAUCAAUGUCUUGGCAAUUAUGUAACAUUCUUAAUUUAUUGUACAUUUAUCACACCUAUACAUUCUAUGGCAAGUA